AUGUUUAAGGUACUUGGUACAUUUCUUGUACCAUUGGUUAUUAGUAUCUUUACAAUUGUGACCACUAUUCAGCAAUAUCAUGUUAACAAACAAAAUCGUUUAAAAGACUUGGAAAUUGCUUCACGACAACGUGAUCAAGAACUAAAACAAGCCGAUACAUUACAUCAAGAAACAGUGUAUGCUGUUUAUAUAAAAGAGAUGGGUGAAUUAUCGUCGAAAUUAAAAACAAAAAAUCUUAGUAGUAUUGAACUUGAUCAACAAUGGAAACUCGCUCGAGCCAAAACAUUAUCAACACUACGACAACUAGAUACGAAACGAAAAAGUUAUAUAAUUCAAUUUUUGUAUGAAAUAGAACUACUUUUUACUAAUUGUUCUGCAAUUGAUUUAAGUGGUUCUGAUCUAUCUGGAAUAAUAUUAAUGGGUCAUGUCGACUUGGAGUUUAUAUUUGAUUAUAUUGCUCUUACUUAUAUUGUGUUGUCGAAUACUUCAUUUGUUAAUUUACAUCUCAAGAACGCCAAUUUCAGUGGAUCGGUAUUGAACAAUGCCAAUUUUAGUAAUGCUUAUUUAUUUGAAGUGGAUUUUACAGGAUGUGAUUUAACGAAUGCAGAUUUACGAGGCGUACAUGCAGAGUUUGCUAUCAUGAAAAAUGUCAAUUUAUCAGGUGCUAUUUUUGGUAAAGUGCCACCUGCAGAAAUAAAAAAUGCAAUAUUACCUAAUGGAUCGUAUGUAUUUUACAGCAAGGACCAUCUUCAAUCAGAUCUAUUUAAUGAAUCAGUUAAUUUGAUUAUUAAUGGUGAUGCAAACUGUCAAACUAAUAAAAAUUCAACGGAGAUAUUCGGCUGGAUAGUUCGCAAAGAGCCAGCAGCAAUUGUAACUGAAUAUUCUGAACUGCCUUCAUUAAUUGGAAAUAUUUCAAGAGAUGAUUGUGUGUUUUGGGGUGGAACACGAAAUAGUUCCAUAGGCUAUCUUCAUCAACGAGUGUUCUUUUUUGAUUAUAGUCGAUUGAUAGACACCGGUCGUGCUUUAUAUGAAUUUUCAUUUGAUACUGGUGGAAUUAAUGAAUAUCGUGAUUAUGUUUAUUUGACGAUGGAGUUUCGUGCAGCAAGUAGUCAGUCACUUAUGAGUACCAGAUUUCGUAAUCGUGGACAAAAGUCCCGCAGCUAG